AUGGCGGCGAACAAGCAGGGUAAAAUGCAAAAUCUGAUCAACUAUCGCAUGCGCGUCACGUUAAAUGAUGGUCGACAGAUGACGGGCCAGAUGCUGGCAUUCGAUAAGCAUAUGAAUCUGGUACUGGCCGAUACAGAAGAGUUUCGUCGUGUCAAGCGGAAAGCCACCAAGCAAGCCCCCGGUGCUGCAGCUGUCCCUCUCGUGGAAGCAGAAGAAAAACGAACCCUUGGCCUAACAAUCGUUCGAGGUACGAAUGUCGUGUCGUGCUCGGUAGAUGGACCACCCCCUGCAGACCCUUCGGCGCGUUUAGGCACCAGCGUGCCUAAUGUGCCUUCGGGAGCUGCUACACUUUCAGCUGGCCCCGGUAUUAGCAGGCCCGCCGGACGAGGCUUGCCAGUUGGACUUGGAGGUCCUGCUGCCGGUGUGGGAGGACCUGCUCCUGGCGGCUUUGGCGGCUUCCCACCUGCUCCAGGAUUCCCUGGAGCCCCGCCCCCAGGAUUUGGUGGCCGCGGUGGCCCUCCUGGAGGACCCCCUGGAUUCGCUCCUCCCCCUGGAUUCCCUCAAGGCGGACCCCCUGGCUUUCAACCACCACCCGGAUUUCAACCCCCUGGCCAAGGUCGUGGCUAUCCACCGCCCGGCUUUGGUGGACGAUGA